AUGGACUCUGCUGAACGACAACCCUUGCUGCAACGCUCGGCAAAUGUCGCUGAGACAGAGGUGUACCCUAUACUUCAUAUGAUACGAAGCGUAAGCACCACCAUGAAUUCAUGCCUCACCGCCCCCGACCUCACCUACACCCUCAUUCGCCCUCUGCUGGAUAAGUAUGCCGCCAUCCAGAGGCAAGGGAACAUGUCCGUCAUCUUCUGUCUGCUACUUAGUCGCGUCUACUUCUUCCGCGACCGCCACCUGACGACCACCGCACUUUCGCGCACCCGGGCCGACCUAUGCGAGAUCCUGGCCAUUCGGGCGCUACGCGAACAUGCGGACAACGUGCUCGAGCUGGCUCUCGUUCUCACAACAACGUGGUCCGUGUACUCUGGAGCGCCAUAUGAACUAGUCGAACGUGCUCAGGAAGAUUUGGAUGAUUUUGAAGACCGAGUCGGGAACGCCAUCGAAAUGGCAAUCUUGAGCCAAGCAAAGCGCUUCAUCAAGAGUUCGCCAUGCCAGAAGGUCAUUGACGGCAUUUGGAGUGGCAAGAUCGUGUACCAGGCAGAGAGCACUCGUUCAAUCCUCUCCGAUACGUAUAAAAGGAAUCCUAUACACUUUUACGACCCGCACAAGGCACCAUUGCUGGAUCAUUAUCGUCUCAAAGUACCUGCAAUCCGUUCAGUCUUGGAAUAUAUGAACUUCGUUAUCUUGUUCAUCCUCUUUGUAUGCGCCAUCGAGUUCAGCGAGCUAGAGACAAUUAAUACCCCGGAGAUAAUUUUCAUGGUUUAUGCGUUGGGCUUCACAUUGGAGAAGGUUGCAGCCAUGCAGGAACACGGCAUUCGAGUAUACUUCAAAGGUACUUGGAAUGGUUUCGAUCUCGCUUUCGUAACACUUUUCUGCACCUAUGCUGCAAUGCGGAUCCUUGGAGUAUAUGACAACCGACACUGGGCACGAGAGACAGGAAUCAACUGCUUGGCGUUGAUCGCAGUUCUCAUGUUUCCGAGACUAGCUUUCGUAACUUUCAAAAACAAUGUCAUGGUGUUGUCCUUGCGAGCAAUGAUAAUCCAGUUCGCUGUUCUCAUGGGUAUUGCUGCGUUCUGUUUUGGAGGAUUCCUCUACGCUCUCUGGACGCUCGGAAAAGACAGUGCAGGAUAUACUGCGGGGACUGUAGCAUGGUGGAUGUUGGAUCUGUGGUUUGGUCUUGAUGCUAGUGGGUUUGACAACGCUGCCAAGUUCCAUCCGGUGUACGGACCAUUCCUCAUGAUCACAUACGCAUGUUUGAGCAACACUCUCCUCCUUACUGUCCUCGUGUCUAUCCUAUCGCACACCUUUUCUACGAUCAAUGACGACGCUGCCGCAGAGGCAAUGUUCCGUCGAGCCGUCUCGACCAUUGAAGGCGUCAAGGCCGAUUCCUUGUUUUCGUAUCAGCCUCCCGUCAACCUCGCUGCCUUGUGUGUCAUGCUCCCGGCGAGUUACGUCCUAAGUCCCCGUUGGUUUCAUAAGGUCAACGUUUUCAUGAUCCGGCUCACGAGUUUUCCUAUUCUGCUUUGCAUUGCCAUAUAUGAGCGACAAGCCAAACGUUCCGGAGCCUUCACGUUCUACGAAACAGUCACUGCAGCGGCAGAGAAGAUUUUCGAUACAUUGCCCCGUCACCUCAAACGACUGACAUUUUUCGAGGGCCUAGGCGGACCUGACGCUGAUAUUGAUGCGAUCUUCGCUCUUGAAGAAGAGAUGGAAGACAGUGCACUUGAAAUGGAAGAAUCCGACGCUGCGACUCCCAUCUCCCCCAGCCCUUUGAAGCGUCGUGGAUCUGUGGCGUCGCGUCGACAUCCCUCUUCUACACAUCAACCGCGCCGUCCAUCAUCAUCUUCUCACCUUGCCACGCCUUCAACUCCUCCGAUGCCCAAGUCGCCACUCAAGUCGGAGCACCCUGUCCCUGGCACUUCAACGCCUAGGGCCGAAUCACCAGCUCUACAAGAAGAACAGGAGACCCAACCUCCCGCUCCCGCUCCAGUCCCUCCUCCUCGUCAGCGUAUCAACUCAAUUCUCACGCGCGGCUUCGAGGUCGCCCAGGCCGCCGCCAGCCCACUCGCGCAGAUCUUCCAACCUCUCGUGGUCGAUGACGACAUCCUGCCCGAGGAAGACGAAGACGACGAAGACGGCGGGUCCGGGUCGGGUGCGGGGCACGGCCUCAGCGCGUCCCCGCCAGCCUUGAGCUACGGACCCGCGAUGCGCAGACGGCUCAUGUCGCUGCACGUCGCGCCCACGCAGCCGCGCCGCAUCCGCACGUACUCGGUCGCGGGCCACCACGCGCACAGCGCCGGCUAUGGGUACGGCGCGACGGGCGCCGACGCUCCCGCACCGCGCAACGCCGCGGCGUCGUCGUCGGCGCAGUCGCUCUCGCUGAAGAAGGUCCCGACGAACAGCCCGCCGCGGCGGUCCCAGCUUGGGCUCCUCGCGCAGCAGGCGGCGCUCUCCGGGAGCCCGGCGACUGGGGGGCACGGCGAAGACGGUGAGGACGACAUCGAGAGCCACAAUCCUCACGAGACCGCUGCACAAGUGGAGGAGCACGGGGUGCCGGAGUCGGUGACAUUCAACCAGAGGUUGAGAGGCAUUGAGGACAGGCAGAAGAGGAUCGAGGAAAUGCUCGUCGAGAUCGCGAUGAACCUGAAGAAGUAA